AUGGAAAAUAAAGAAAGUAAUAAAUGCCUUCACGAUCUACGCCAAACAGACCCCCGCGAUGACAAGACGCGCAUUCAGCGUACCAAAGGUCACUUGCUUAGAGAAUCAUAUCGUUGGAUACUCGACCACACCGACUUCAAGAAAUGGCGAUAUGACUCCCAAUAUAGUCUGCUUUGGAUCAAAGGAGACCCUGGGAAGGGAAAGACUAUGCUUCUGUGCGGCAUUAUCGAUGAGAUAGAGGAAUCUACCACUACACAAUGUCUAUCCUACUUCUUUUGCCAGGCUACCGAACUACAGCUCAGUAACGCAACGGCGGUAUUGCGGGGCCUCAUAUACAUGAUCCUUAUGCAACGCCCAGCGCUUAUCUCACAUGUGCGAAAGAAGUAUGACCAUUCAGGUAAGAAGCUUUUUGAAGACGGCAAUAACUGGGAAGCAUUGUCAAAGACUCUAUUGGCAAUACUAAACGACCCAAGCUUGACUGAUGCAAUUCUAAUCAUUGAUGCACUCGAUGAGUGUGUUAAAGGAUUGUCGCAUCUUCUCGAUUUCAUCAACGAAGCUUCUUGUUCAAGUCGCGCCAAAUGGAUUGUUUCAAGCCGUAACUGGCCGAUUAUUGAGGAGAGUCUUGAGGAUGCCAUGCAUGGAGUAAAGCUAUGCCUUGAGUUAAACGAGAGUUUAGUUUCUGCUGCUGUCCAAUCCUUUAUCCGAUACAAGGUGCAGCAUCUAACCAAGAAGAAGAGCUACGAUAAAGAUACGCAAAUUGAAAUCGAACAGUAUCUAAUGUCCAACGCUCAUGGCACGUUUCUUUGGGUAGCUCUUGUCUGCCAAGAGUUAGCAGAUCCUAGAGUCCGAAAACGGCAUACGCUCCAGAAGCUGAAGUCAUACCCCUCAGGACUUGAUCCUUUAUAUAAGCGUAUGAUGGAGAAUAUUUAUGAUUCACUUGACGCGGAAAUUUGCCGACAGAUCUUGGCUAUCACUUCAGUCGUAUACCGCCCAAUUACGUUAUCUGAGCUGAGCUGUCUCAUGGAGUCACAUAUUGAUAACGACGACGACGAACUGAAAGAGAUCAUUGGGUUUUGUGGCUCAUUCUUGACUAUUCGAGAAGAAACGAUUUACUUUAUACAUCAGUCGGCUAAAGACUUUUUGCUUGAGAAGGUGCCCGAUCAAAUUCUGGCCUUGGGCAUUGAACACCAGCACCAUACUAUCUUCUCCAGAUCGUUGAAUCAGCUAAUUAAUUUACUACAUCGUGAUAUCUACAUUCUGGGUUUCUCAGGCUUCUCCAUCGAACAUGUUUCUUCACCUGAUCCUGAUCCCUUGGCUCCAAUCCGCUAUUCUUGCAUCUACUGGAUCGACCACCUCCUUGCCUCGGAACAUACGCGGGAACUAACUCAUGGAAAUAUGCCUAGAAGCGAAGACAUGAUCAACACAUUCUUUGAGAGAAAAUACCUAUACUGGUUGGAAGCUCUCAGUUUACUACGAAGUAUGUCAGAAGGCGUACUGGCAAUGCAGAAGCUGCAAAAAUUACAGAUGCCACAGCUUACAGAGCUGCUUGAAGAUGCGAAUCAAUUCAUCCGUUUGCAUAGACAAGCGAUAGAGUCUGCUCCAUUGCAAGUGUAUGCAUCUGCGCUUGUCUUUAGUCCUUCACAUAGUAGGGUGAGACAGCUCUUUGUGGCCGAAGAACCGGAAUGGAUCCUUACGAAACCAAUUAUGGAGAAGCGCUGGCACGCCUAUUUGCAUCACACGCUUGAAAGUGACAGUCAUUUGGUCGCCUUCUCCCAUGACUCGGCACUCAUAGUAUCGGGCUCGUGGAACGGCUCAAUUCAAAUCUGGCGUACUAGUGCAGGCGACUGUGUGCGAGAGCUUGAGGGCCAUAAAGACAGAAUCACAUCAGUUGCCUUCUCUCAUGAGUCGAAACUCAUAGUAUCAGGCUCGUGGGAUAGAACAAUCCGACUCUGGUGCACUAGUACAGGCAACUGUUUGCGAGUGCUCAUGGGCCAUGAAAAACCAAUCACAUCAGUUGCCUUCUCCCAUGACUCGGCGCUCAUAGCAUCAGGCUCAAUUGAUAAAACAAUUCGGCUCUGGAGUACUUCUACAGGCGAUUGCAUACGGGAUUUUAAGGCUAAAGGCGAAUUCACAAUCGCACUCGCCUUUUCACCUGAUUCGGCGUUGGUGGCAUCAUGCUCAGUCCCUGAUUCUGAUACCCGUCUUUGGGACGUUGAUACGGCCAAUCAUUUACGUAUAGGAACGGCGAAUUCUCUCAGGAGUGCUGCCUUCUCUCAUGACGCAAACCUUAUAGCAGUUUCAAUAUAUUACGAAACACCGCAAAUCUGGCACACUGUUACAGGCAAGUGUGUACAUGAGCUACAGGGACCUAACAAUAAGGACACGGCGGUUGCCUUUUCACAUGACUCCAAACUUAUAGCAUCUGCGUCGGUGGAUAAUACAAUUUGCAUCUGGUCUGUUGAUACAGGCAAUUUUGUGCAAAGGCUUAAAGGCCAUGGCAAUGACAUCUUAUCAGUUGCCUUCUCGCACGACUCGAAGCUUAUAGCGUCGGCUUCAGAAGAUAAAACAACCCGACUUUGGCGCGUUGACACAAAUGGCUUUCAACAGGAAGACCCGGCGGUCAUUAUAUCUGAAAGCACAUUAUUUGUCUUCUCAAACGACUCGACACUCGUGGCAUCUGUCUCGGGAAAGAUCAUCUCGCUCUGGUGCCCUCAUACAGGCAGAUGUACGCAGGAGCUCAAGGGCCAUAGCGAGGAGGUUGUGUCAAUUGCAUUCUCGCAUGACACGGCACUUAUAGCAUCAUUUUCAAGAGAUGGCAGGGAGGAGCUUAAAAUCUGGAGCGUUGCUUCGGGCGAAUGCAUACAAACGCUUCGAAACCCGAAUGAUAUGCUGGAGUCGGUCACCAUCUCGCAUGACUCAGCGUUGGUGGCUGCAUUGACAGAUACUAGUAGUAACACCAUCGCAGUCUGGCGCAUCGACACGGGCGACCUCGUGCAAUGCGUCGACCUCGAUUGCGUCCUCCAUUGGUAUUCCAGGAAUCUGUCAUUCGCAAAGGACAAGUUAGAAAUCCUUACUAGUAUUGGUGUCGUGGCUAUCGACGGCACUGAAGGCUCUAUUGAAUGGAUUCCACGUCCGCCUCAUUUGGUCGGCCUCGGCAUUAAUAACGAUCGCGGCUGGAUUAUGUGGAAUAAUUAUGAUAUCCUCAGGUUACCAGCCGAAUUUCAUGAUUCUGGCUCUGCUAUAUCAGGGUCUACCGUUGCUAUUAGAACUGCAUCAGGACGGGUUAUUUUCAUCCGUUUAUCGGCUGAUGAACUGUCAAAUUUAUACGGCGGGAUGAUGGCAGUUUGA